GUCGCCGUAACCGGAAGAGGAAGGAGCUAGGCGGGUGUUAAAGGUUAAAGUUCCUCCAUGCCGGCUGUUCAGCUGCUCCCGCCUUUUCUGCUCCCUGCUGGUGUUCUGUUGUUACUACACACUGAUGCCGAGAACUCAACUGAAUCUGACCUAUUCUACAAGCAAGGAGCAAAGGAAGUGACCCUGAGCCAAAAGAUGAUUUUAAAGACAAUAUGCAAGUUGUACAGUAGAUGGCAGCAGCAGUGUAUAUCCUACUUGGAGAGAGCUGGAAGGUUACAGGAUGGCACAGUAACAAGAGACAGUGGAGAGGAGAGGAGAGCAGAGGAGAAGGGGCAAUCAAUGAGGGUUUGACCUGUCAACUAAUGCUAAGUUGUUUGGGGAGUUUAUUUGACAUCAGUGGGAACACUACAGUCCGGGGGGGCUGAAAGGAUGACGAUUGCAUUAGAUGACGGCAUGGUGACACUGAAAAUGAAACAAACCAGCACAUAAAGAAUAUGUGACCUUUUUAAGGGGUGCUAUUGCAUUGGUACGUAAAAAUACUGGCAUCAUGUCUAUGUAGGAAAUAUGAAACAACAGUCAGCAGCUGGUUAGCCAACCUUAGCAGUGGAAGUCAUUGCACCUGUAAAAGAAAUGUUCCCUCACAUAAGCCAAUGAAAAGCCACAAAUAGCCAUUUUAACAGUUAACAAUUGUUUCAGAUAUAACAUUUUGAUUAUUGAAUAUGAGAAGUGCUAGUAGUUGGAUUGUGUUACCUUUGCAUAGAACCUCCUGUUUCCAGGCUGCUAUGCUAAGUUGAGCUGGCUGCUGGCUACAACUUCAUACUGAACAUAGGAGAAGUGUGUUAAAAGUUGUGUUAAAAAACAACAACAACAAAAACCCUUUCACUCCAAUAAUACUCUAUUCUACACGUGUUAAGAUGUAUCAUUUAAAAAAAAAAACAAAAAAAAAAAAAACAGUGAUGAUGCACCUUGAGCUGCACAUUUCAGUGCAGUGUUCUCCUUGAGAAAUGGAUCCACCACUUGCAUAUAACCUUGAAAUGACCCAAGGCGUGCACAUAAACCAGCUACUGAGCUGAGGCACAUCCACCUGUUCCGUCAUCGGGGGGGGGGUCAGUGGAAAUAGUGCCUUUGCUGUGUAACCACGGCAACUCCUCCCUCAAAAUGCAACAUCACCAAAGCCUGAGCAGGAUGCGCUGUCUGCCGCUUACCUGGCUUUAUUAAUAAACCAGCCGGUUCACGUGGUUAGCCCAGCCCAGCACAAUAUCCUGCUACAUUAGCAAGGUAUUUUCGUCCGGGUGAUUUUUUUUUUUUUUUUUCUCUCUCUCUCUCUCUCUCUCAUCCGAGUCGGGAGGGAUGCUGCUGCUGCUGCUGUGAGGGAGAGAGGUGAGCGCAGUUGGAAAAGCAGUUUUUUUUUUCCUCCAAAGCUCCUCCUCUGUCGUCGGAGAGCGGAGACCGGUCACAUUUUGCUCAAUGAGAGCAAGAGGGCACCGGAGAGGAUUUCCUAAUUUCAACCUGCUGCUGUGCUGUGCGGCUGUUUUCUCGCCUCUGUCAAAGCAGAGGCUAAUAUGACGACAUCAUUUGGCAAACCAGACCCUGGAAAGCACCUACAAUCUUUUCAACUCAUUUGAAACUGAGGACAAUACCAUGCAUUGUCGCCGGUAAAACCUGCUCCCCGCUCUCCCUUCUUCCUACCUAGCCAUUGAGAGUGAGGACAUCACGAGCUGCAUAGAGAUGGGUUCAGAUCAACCCUGCAUGGAUACACUAGAGCGACGACCCAUAUUGGGUCCUGCCUGUAAGCGGCAGGGCCACCGGUGUCUGCGGAAAAAGCUGAGGCCUGUGCGAAUCUUAGGGUUUGUCUUCAGUCUGGUGGCCGUAAGUGCUGUCUCCUUCAGUGCCUUGACCUGGAGCUCAGGUGGUCUCAGUGAGCCAGUGCUCCCCCAGGAGAGUCUCCACCAGUCGGCCCCCCACAGGACUCUACUUUUCACCCAACACCAGAGGGACCCCAAUGUCUCAGCUGACAUGCCAAUAGCCAUGAAAUCUACAGCAGAUAGUAACAAGAGCCAGGGGGACUACCCACCAGACAUUUUUACCCUUGAGGAGAGGCGCCAAGGAGCAGUGGCCCUCCACAUGUUUGGCAUGAUCUACAUGUUCAUUGCCUUAGCCAUAGUAUGUGACGAGUUCUUCGUCCCAGCGCUCACAGUCAUCACAGAGAAGCUGACCAUUUCGGAUGACGUAGCGGGUGCCACCUUCAUGGCGGCGGGCGGCUCAGCUCCUGAGCUCUUCACCUCCAUCAUCGGCGUCUUCAUCUCACACAGCAACGUGGGCAUCGGGACCAUCGUGGGCUCGGCCGUCUUCAACAUUCUCUUCGUCAUCGGGAUGUGCGCCAUCUUCUCCAAAGAGAUCCUCAACUUGACAUGGUGGCCGCUCUUCCGCGACGUGUCCUUCUACAUCCUGGAUCUGAUCAUGCUCAUCAUCUUCUUCCUGGAUAACAUCAUCUCCAUGUGGGAAAGUAUCGUACUGCUCUCAGCCUACGCCACCUACGUGGUCUUCAUGAAGUUCAACAGCAAAGUUGAAGGCUUCGUCAAAGAUUGCAUGAACAAGAAUCAAGUGGUAGAAGUAGCGGUACAGCCCAAGGCAAGUCCCGGGGCACCAGAGGAUGACGGCAAGUUGUCGGCAAGGCCUCGGCUGCAGAGGGGGGGUAGUUCCGCCUCCCUGCACAACAGCUUGAUGAGGAACAGCAUUUUCCAGCUGAUGAUUCACACGUUAGACCCUCUAAGUGAAGAAUUUGCUGACUCUGAGCUUGGGACUUAUGGGAAACUAAAAUAUUAUCACUCAAUGACUGAGGAAGGUAAAUUUCGAGAGAAGGCAUCCAUCCUUCACAAGAUCGCUAAAAAGAAAUGCCAAGUGGAGGACAGUGAGAAGGCCAAUGGAGUAGCAAGCCGUUCAGAUAAGAACCUUCCAAACAGCUCCAGUGUGGAAGUGGAAGUGACACCACCCAUGAACGGAACAGCAGGGCAAGAGGGAGAGACGGCUGAGGAUGAGGAGGAAGAGGACCAGCCCCUGAGCCUGUCCUGGCCCGAAUCCAGCCGCAAGCGCUUCACCUACCUCUUCAUCAUGCCUAUCGUCCUCCCCCUGUGGCUAACAUUGCCUGACGUCAGGAAAGCGUCAUCAAAGAAGUUCUUCCCCAUCACCUUCUUGGGUGCCAUCUGCUGGAUUGCAGGCUUCUCAUACCUAAUGGUGUGGUGGGCUCACCAGGUUGGAGAGACCAUUGGGAUUACAGAAGAGAUUAUGGGCCUGACUAUAUUAGCAGCUGGAACCUCCAUCCCUGACCUCAUCACCAGUGUUAUUGUGGCACGCAAGGGGCUGGGUGAUAUGGCUGUAUCCAGCUCCGUAGGCUCCAACAUCUUCGACAUUACUGUUGGACUGCCGUUUCCCUGGCUCCUCUGGUCCUUGUUCAACGGCCUCAGCCCAGUGCAAGUCAGCUCCAAUGGCCUCUUCUGUGCCAUCGUGCUCCUCUUCCUCAUGCUUCUCUUCGUCAUCAUCUCCAUCGCCGCCUGCAAGUGGCGCAUGAGCAAGCUGCUCGGUUUCAUCAUGUUCAUGCUGUAUUUUGUCUUCCUGGUGGUCAGCGUCAUGCUGGAAGACAGGGUCAUUACCUGUCCGGUGUCUAUCUGAGGACCUUUGAGGACCUACUUCCUCUCCCUUGUCACCACCACUACAACCACCACUACAAAUCAUCCUUACUGUCUGCCAUCACCCUCACCUGACAUUUGUGAUCCUUUACCCCAGGAAGAAAAGAAGAACUGGAUGAGAGAAUAAUCUGAAAAUAUGAGGAAAAAAAACAUGGAAUCUACUGAUAUUCUCAGUAAGCAGGUGGUGGUGGGGAGCGGUUAAACCAACAAAGGCACAAGACUUUGGCUUGGCUGGUUAAGCACAGGCCUACCCUGAGUGGAUUUUUAUUUAUUGAUAUUAUUUAAUUGGCAGAUGAGGGGGGGUUAAAGGUGUAUCAGCAAAAUAUAGAAACAUUAUGCAUGCCAUUAGUGUCACUAGAUGAGCUGAAAUCAAGACUACACCUGGUAGGUUGAGGAGAAUGACCUCCUGUGAACUUUGGGGAAGGGGGGGGACAAACUAAAGAUACUCUUAAUAAUAAAUGCAGUGACUGAGCUGAAAUUGUGAGCAUAUUUGAACUAGUUCAACGGAUUAAGAUGCUGUCACCAAGAGUGAAGAGGAAUUUGUGGAUGGGGAAAUGGCAGAUUGUGUGGAUGAAGAUUUUGUUCCAAACAUGUUUCCUGUCUGAUGGUAUUGAGUGAAAAGAUUCUCCUCUUGGAUUUGCACCUGAGCAACAAGGGACUGCUGUUUUUGAAAGACUCUUGCUGGGCGGACAAUUUUUUUUGUUAUUUCUUUUCUUUCUUUUUUUUUUUGCAAAUUCAUCUGUGCUUAGUCUGAGUGAUGGGUUUAAGCUUUCCGCUUCCCUGCCAGAUGUCAUUUUUCACCACUGAAUGUUUCUUCAGCGGAUUCUUCUUCUUCUUCUUCUUCUUCUUUUUUUUUUUUUUUUUGAUUCAUUUUCAUGAAGUAUAUAGAAGUAGCAUUAGAUGUCCUGUAGCAGUAUUAGUUGGUGUAGAGUCCUCUUGACAAUCUGGUCCUCUUUUUUUCUUUAGCCACUGAACACACGCUCUGGUUGUACAGACGUUUUCAUGCUUCACACGCACCGACUGAUAAAGGCAAGAAAAAAAAAGCCUAUCUGAAGUUUAGCCUCUAAAAAUAUAUGCUAGCCUUCAAUAUGUUUCACUGGUUGGGGAAAAAAAGCAUGAGUAAUUUAGGCUCAUUAAAGUUCCAUAAUGAAGUCAAUGUCAAAAUAAUACAUUUGAAAAAAACUUAACAGUGUUUAAGCGUCAUGGUUGAUUUAGAUUAGUCAAUGUGUAGUGCUUUGUUCACAGUAGAACUGGGCUCAACUCACCGGCUAGUCAAGCUCCUGGGGUAGUAGUUUCAAGGAGUCAACUGCAUGUUUAAAAAAAGACACUUGGAGGUGAAUAAUACCAAUCAACAUUUAAGAAGUUGUAUACCAAAAUGUAUACUUUUUCAAACAUGUUUCAUAACUUCUUAAUGCAAACCAGUGCUCAGUCUCUAUGUAGAAAAUGUCAACAUGUAUGGUCAAUGAUAUCUAUCAAACUUGUGCAAUUUCUUUUCUAAUCAAAGGUGCUUUUGUGUGCAUGUGUGCAAACUGCAUUUGAAGUCAUCACACAAUGACCAUUCCUUAAAUUUAUCUAUGAAUAGAGGUUAUACUACCAGUAUUUUGCAACUAACUGCAAAAAAAAUAUACACCAAUGUUGUGUUUUAUACUGGAAAUAAAAAUCAUAAUCACAAUCUCUCUUUAAGCUACAUAGAAUGUGGAAACCACAGAUUUAACAGCAAUAUACCGUGUAUGUCACCGUUGAGAACUGCGACCCUCCCACCCCCACCCCAUGCGUCUGUCCCCUACUGUCCUUCCUGUCGGACAUGGUCCAAAAUCCCCCACGUGAAAAAGUGGGCGACCAUUUCUCCUACAACUGACCUAUGACCCCUUCCUGUUAGAGCUGGCCAGAAACACCCGCUUUACCUCAACACAGCCACUGUACAGCCGCUUAGUAGGAACUAACUGUAAAAUAAUAGUAAAUAGAUUCUUUGAAUGUGUGAGGAGAAAAUGCAUGCAAGGAAUUUGGGCUGGUUACCCACUGACUGUACAGCUGAGCUUAUCCAACUAUAUAUGUUCAUUUUUAUGCAUCCAUUCAGAGAGGAACACCAAGAACUCAUUGGUUUUAUUUUGUAAAUAUAAACUCCUGGAUUUUGCAAUAACCAAAUGGUUCACACAUGUAUUUUAUUCACUUUUAUUUCUUUUCUGUUUUGCAGUAGCGGAUGGAAACAGACAUUGAUAUUGUAUGCUGGUGGCCCUUUGUAUCAUGAUAUUUACUGAGCAAAACACAACACGAGAGCAUUUAUUUUUAGACUACUCAACAUCUGAUUAGCAUGCAUCAAACUGUAAACAUGCCUAUUCAGUUUCUGGUAAGAAAACAAAGGCUUUAAAUACCAUAUUGCCUCCUCGGAUUCAACAAACGUAGGACUCAGUGAUGCUGCUUAGUGAUGGUUUCUGACAUUUGGUACAGGUUGCACAAGCAUAGGAAAAACAAAACUAUUAUCCCUGCAUAAACCAAACUCAUAUGUUAAACUGUUCUGUGUAGUGUGUGCUCUCAUAUUGUAUAUUUCCUUGAACAUUUCCACCACCAAGAUUCAAAGAUUCAAUUUAAGGCCUCUAUGAUGACUCAUGUGCUUUGUGAAAUCCUCCUGUGCACAUUUGCCAUUUAACACUGUCUUCAGAGUGCCCACACACUCUCCUGAACAUGAUCACAUCACACCUUCUACUCGCCUCUCCUCUUUAAAACAAUAGUUUCACAUGUUGGGAAACUUACUUUCUUGGCAAAAGUGAGGUGAGAAGAUACUGCUAUCAUGCCUGUACAAUAAAUAAUAAAUAUGAAGCUACCUGCUUAGCUUAGAUUACUGGAAACAGGAGGAAGCAACUUGCCUAGCUGUAUCAGAAGGUAGCUGUUCUACUGUUUCCAACCUUUCUGUUAAGCUAAGCUAAGCUAACCAUUAGCUUGCAGUAGUUUCAUAUUUACCAUGGAGACAUGACGCUGGUAUCAGUCUUUUUGUCUGACUCUCGUCAAGUACGUGAAUAAGCGUUGCUCCCAAAAUGUCAAACUAUUUUAACUAUAUUUUAACAUUUUAAGAGGUAAUUUGCUUGAGUUGGUUCACCCUCCGCCACUGCGGUCACAUGUACAUACUGUACCUGUGCACAUCCAUUCUUAACCCCCCGUCAAGAAAACAAAGUCCCCAUCAUGUUUUUGUGUGAGAGCCUGAAUGGUGAGAAUAAAACACAAAAAGAUAAAACCAGUUAACACGUGAGCUUGGCAUUGAUUGUGGUUUCCUGGAUAAGCGACCGUGAACGUUGACCACUGAUGAACAUUCUUGCACUGUAAAUGUUUUAUUUUCUUGGUGUUAAUGUAAGAUUUAUUUAAGGUGUACAUAUAUACAGAUACAAAUUAACCAUAUAAUCUAUAUGUGUAAAAGAAAUAUGUCUCUUUAUGUAAAAACACAAAGUAUAUAAUAAAACAAAUAAAGAUGAUAAUUCAAAUAUGCA